GUGAACAUGGCCUUACUCAACUUAAACGUUCUGCUCACACUACUCUUAGGCGUUGAUAGAACUCAAAAACAUCUAAACUUUACUGAGUUAACUCAACUGAGUGGAUAUAAAUCUGAGGAGCAUACGGUGGUAACCGAAGAUGGGUAUGUCCUGAAUAUGUUCAGGAUAACUAGAGGUGCGAAGUGUGUGGAGGAGAUUAAGCAGACACCUGUGUUCUUCAUGCCUCCAUUGCUUUCUGCGGCCGACACGGCAUUGGAGCCUGGACCGGAUGCAGCGAUGCCUUACCUUAUAUCGGACGCCUGCUAUGAUAUCUGGAUAGGAAACCCUCGAGGCACGUACUACGGGCGGAGGCAUAUGCGACUCGAUCCUGAUAAAAACAAGGAAUUCUGGCAGUUUUCUAUCGACGAAAUCGGCACUUACGACGUACCUGCGAUGGUCGAUUACGUAUUGAACAAUACGAGGAAAGAGAAGUUGAUGUAUGUUGGAUUUUCUCAAGGAGGCGGAACUUUUUUCGUCAUGUGCAGUGAAAGACCGGACAUGUGCCAAAAGAUAAAACUAAUGAUCGGCUUGGCACCAGCUACGAGACUUCGGAACACUAAAUCAGUCUUAUUAAGAACAUUGUGCAAGAACGUUGAAGAUAAUUUGGAUGUUUUCGACAGUAUGCAAAUCUGGGAAGUUUUCGGGAGAGACCAAUUUACAGCAGCGGUCAACGGUUUAUUAUGCCGAAAUAACGUUAAAAUGUGCGAAUGGUUUGUGUCUUUAUUGGAUUCAUCGCAUCCAGGAUCCGUAGCCAAUUCGACAUAUACAACUAUGCUGGAACGCUUUCCGGCUGGGACUUCGAUUCGAAACUUGGUGCAUUUCAGCCAAAGUUUGCGGAGUAAGAAGUUCCUCAAGUUCAACUAUGGGACAGUUAAAAACGUAAAAGUGUACGGUCGCCCGGAUCCUCCGGAAUAUAAUUUAACAGCAGCGGAUUUACCUAUUUUGCUAAUAACGGGGAGAAAUGAUGCCUUAGUAGACGUGAAGGAUGUGAAAUGGUUAGCCAGAAAACUGCCAAAACUGAAAGAGCUUUUGAUUGUGGAAGACCCAAAGUGGAACCAUGUAGAUAUGUUUUACAGUGAAUUUAUUAAGGAUAUGAUUUUUCCUAAGAUUUUGUAUUACCUUCUUCGUUACAACGAAAAUUGAAAAUCGUAAAAUGUUCUAGUUAGUAG